UUACAACUUAUCUACUUCCAUUCAGCAAAAGUCUCCCAAACUCAGCCGCUCCAAGAUCAAGAAACAAUGCAACUCUCACUUGUUCAAGUCCCUUCAGUGUCCUCCUCCUACUUGAGAUCUCACUACUCAACGAUCCCUACUCUCUCCAGCUCCAGCUCCAACCCGUCUUGUUUACUUCUUCAGAAGUCCAUCUUUCCUGGAACCAAGUUAACCCGCCAUCUAAUUUUUCGUUAUCGGAAGAAGAAAACCUCAAAUGGGUCUCCUCCUCGUGCUUCCUUGCUUGAGACCCCUGUCUUAUGGGCUGGUCGAAUUUGUGUCUUCUACGCUCUCGUGAAAGCUGGUUUUGCUGGAUCCAAGUCUAACCCUAUCGUUUCUGGUUUGGACAGCGGUGGUGUUGAUGUUGAAGAUGAUGGCGCUGAUCUUGGUUUUUCAAAAUGGCUUCAGAACAUUAAGGGCAACAAACCAGAAAAGGAUGCAGCUGAUAAGAGGAAGCUAGUGAGCAAAUGGCACCCGACAACAAAAGGAACACUUAGAAGGAACUACAGGGUACCUUCCAAAGGUGAAGGGAACCGCCUGCUUAAAGCCAUUGCGUCGCUUCUCUCAGAUGAUGAUCAUUUUAGAGAUGCUACAGCUCACAAGGGUUGUCAAAUACGGAGGGAGAGUGCGCAUGGUCAGAGCGUGUGUUGCAACAAUGUGAGAGCUCUGUUUGAUGAGUUACCAACUCCUCAUUUGGUGGUGGAGAUCACACCUUUUCCUGCUGGACCCCUUGCAGAGAAUGAUUACCUCAAGGCCGAGAAGCUGGAAAAGAUUCUUAGGUCAGGCCCCAACAUUUGAACCCUCUGGCACUCGAGAGAUAGUGUUCUACUUACUAUGUGUCAAAAAUCUAGAAUCUGUACAUACUCUACGAUGUCGUCUUAUUUUGCAGACGUUCAAAUGUUUAGACUCUAUGAAAGUUUUAGUUUCUUGUGAAAAAUGGAGUUGCAGGUGA